GAGCGUCAUGGAGCGAAGGGGGAUGGGUGUUGACUACGGGAAUUUAUUAAGAAAAUGGGGGUAAAUUUACGGUAAAAUUACAGGGAUAGCAAUCAGGAAUUGAGUAAAAAAAAAAAAAAAAAAAAGAUAUGGAAUGGUUACUUUGACGCAAACGAAGACACUUUCCAUCUAUGGCAUAAUAAAUAAAGGAGCUACAUGACAGAGACGAGACAAGAUCGACCCAUCAUUUUGCCAAAAUGAUGCGAAAAUCAAAUUUAGGGGCUGGAAGUGUUCAGCGCCCUGGAACCCUGAAACCUCGAAAUACAGACAAUACUCCAAAUAACAGGCGGAGUGCAGGGCAACAGAUGAGGAAGUCUUACCUUCCCAAAGCCUCACAAGUAGACAGUGCUAAGAAACUAGCCAGUAGAAGUAAGCGCAUCAGUGCUGAAGGACUCAGCAGACUCUCCAUCGCUUCGGGAAGAUUUACCCCCACUAGGAACAAUGUCCCCGUCUCAAGCAUGUUGGCUCCUCCCAGUGUCAGCAGACUGUCAAUGGAUUCAGCGCGCAACUCCAGCAUGGGAACAAAAGUGAGGAAGGAGAUCCGCCCCAUCACAGACUCCAGUUUUAAGAGCCAGUGUGUGGACAAAAUUCUGGAUUUCCUUGUCAGCAGGAGCUAUGAACAACUGGUUCAGCGAAGAACACUCCUCACACCUUCCACAAAAGAUUUUGCUAACAUCUUCAGUUUUAUAUACAGGCACCUUGAUGGUCAAUAUAAUUUGCCAAACAGAUUCGAAGAGGAAAUUCCGCGCUUGUUAAAGCUUUUGAAAUAUCCAGUGCAGAUGUCAAAAUCAUCCUUCAUUACGGUUGGAUCUCCUCACACAUGGCCAUCUGUUCUGGCCAUGCUGGCAUGGUUGGUUGACGUGGUGAACAUGAUUAGUUGCAUCGACCCUAUGCCCAUUGCCUUUCCAAGCGACUUUGACAGUGACAUCAAUCUUGCCAAAACUAAGUUUACUGUACUGGUUGAACUUGCUAACUGCGAAGAUGACACAGAAAAGAUUGAGGCUCAUUUAGAAGAGUACAGGCACAUACUAGAGAAAGUACAGGGUGUAAGAGCACAGGAUCUUCUGCAACUACAGGAGGAGGAUGAAAGACUUGAGGACAUGGUGAACAACCUCAACAAUGGACCCGAGAGACUGCAGCAGUUGCAUCACCAGUACACUCAGCUUGUAGAUGACAAUGAAAAAAUGUCAGAUUACUGUAGAGAGCUGCAGGUACAUAUUUCUGCAAGAGAUGGUGAACGUUCACAGCUGGAAUCAAAACUGGCGGAGCUUAAUGCUGCUAAAAAGCAGGUUUUUGAGGAAGUUACCCGCUUGGAAACUCUGAAGGAACAGCAGGCUUUGAAUGUAGGGAACUGGCAAGAUUUAAGAACCAUGCAAACGAUGUCGCUACUAUUAUAUCACAGCUCCAAGCUGAGGGAAAAGAGCAGGACUCUGAGAUAUGGUCACUAGAGAUGGAAUUGGGCAAAGCUCAGUCAAAAUUGAGUGAAAGUAUAUGUGCCUACAAUAAACUGGUCCGUCAACUAGACCUUCCGGAUGAUUAUGAAAUCUCAUCAGCUGACAUAGCUGAGAAUAAAUGCCACUGGCAGAC